CGAGAGCGUGUUAGCCGACUGCUAGGACCACAUUCGGCCGGUUAGCGCGGAAGAUACUUCUACGAACAGCGACAGCCAUGCUUCGACUUGUUGGAUGUAUGCUGACACUGGUUGCUGGUGCAUCGGCCGCCAAGAUUCUCAUCAUCGCUCCAACACCGUCCUUCAGUCAUCAGCUGCCAUUCCACAUACUGUCCAAAGCGCUGCUUCAAAGGGACCAUGUUAUUACCUUCAUUACCACCGAUCCAAUGGAGAUACGCCAUGAGAACUUCACUCAGAUUGAUGUUUCCGUCUCGUAUAUCUUCAACCGGAAGACAUAUAAUUUCGUCAAGGUGUAUGAGGAUCCACCAACAGUCUCAGUUCAAAUGCUGACCGAAACCGCCAAUGCCCACAGUGAGCGGCAGUUAAGUGAAGCCGCAGUUCAGCAACUGAUAAGAUCUGGCGAGAAGUUCGACUUGGUGGUGGUGGAGCGCCUGGGCUACUUCGCCUACUUUGGUCUGGUGCACAAGGUGGGGUCCCCACCGCUGGUCGGCGUGCUGACCCUGUCGCCGCCGCUGUCGGUGUACCACAGCCACGGCAACCCCGUCAACCCGGCCUACAUGCCCGACAUGUGGCUCGGCUUCUCCGACCACAUGGACUUCUGGCAGCGGCUGUACAACACCUACUUCUACCUGAGGCUGAUGUACCAGUGGUUCUUUGAAAUAGCUCCCAUGCAGGAGGAGAUCAUGCGGAAAUACGUCGGUCCGGAUCCCCCGCCAGUCCACGAGACGGACAAGAAUUUUAGUCUCCUGAUCAUCAACAACCACUUCAUCGUCAACUAUCCUCGGCCUCACCUUCCGAAUAUCAUCGAACUGACGGGCAUUCAUGUCGCUACUGAACAAAAGCCAUUGCCACAGGAGGUGCAGAAGUUCCUGGACGGAGCAGAGCACGGCGUCAUCUACUUCAGCCUGGGCUCCAACGUCCGCAGCGACCAGAUGGCGGAGGACAAGCAGAGAGCGUUCAUCGAGGCUUUCCGGGAGCUGCCCCAGAGGGUACUCUGGAAGUGGGAGAGCGAUUCGCUGCCCAACCAGCCCGCCAACCUGAUGGUCAGGAAAUGGCUCCCUCAACAGGAUAUACUAGCCCACCCAAACGUGCGGGUGUUCAUCACGCAGGGAGGUCUGCAGAGCCUGAACGAGGCGACGUACCAUGCUGUACCGCUUCUGGUUAUGCCCUUCUUCUCUGAUCAGGCGCACAACGCCGCCAAGAUUAAGCAGGCCGAGAUAGGCAUCUGGCUCGAGUACAGUGAGGUCAGCAAGGAGACGGUUCUGCGAGACCUGAAAUCAUUGCUGAACGACAGCAAGUACAGGGAGAACAUGAAGCGUGUGUCGGGCAUAUUCAGGGAGCACAAGUCAGACUCCGUGGAGCGUGCCGUCUGGUGGAUCGAGUACGUGAUACGCCACCGGGGGGCGCCUCACUUGCGUAGUGCAGCUCUCGAUCUGCACUGGUGGCAACUGCUGCUGCUCGACGUCAUCGGAUUCGUCGUUCUCAUCGCCAUCUGUGCCUCUGCUGUCCUCUGUCUGCUUGUGUGGAAGCUGUCCGCCUUAUUGACCUACAGUAGGGCCAAGAUUAAAGCACAGUAGAGUAACUGUGAGAAUGAGAAAGCUGUGAUAGCUCUCCUGCACAGGAGAGUGUAAUAGUUGAUCCAGUAGAUGAGAGAUGGCUUUGCAUUUGUGUUAAACAGCUUCAGUAUAGAGCUGUAGCAAGCUUAUCACGUCUCACAGGGACUGCUGGGAGCAAUCCUCAUCAUACACAUGGACUAUAGUUGAACUAAAAUAAUUUUUUGAUCAUGUUGAAUGGUAGGAGACAGUUGCCGGCCAAUUAUCGGCUAUUCUUAAUCACAGCGAGAUCACUGUGUUACCUUUUUUUGUAUGAAGGUAGUCGUUAUGUUAUACUUAUCACUUUAAGGAAACAGAGUUACAAGUUAGUUUUUAGUUUAUUUCUAGGUACAAGCCCACAGUAUGGUACAUAUUGAAAUCCCACAUCACAGUACUGUGACAAGCUGCAAGAGAAGCCACAGCAAAGUGACACAACCCAUCAGUGAAGUGUAGUAUCGUGCAGUAAUUUGUUUUCUGCAUUUGAAUAGAUACAACACUGCAACAACCGUUGCUGAGAUGCUGGAAGGUAACAAUCAACCAUCAAAUGACAAGUAGGUAUGUAUUACAAACUCUUCCAGUGUGAUCAGACAACGCUCAGUGAUGAGGAACAAUGUGGCAAAUCAUCUCUCUGUAAAGAACUGGAGAUCAUAGGAGAAGUUGAGAUCCUGUAGAUCAGAUGCUGACAUAUUUUAGUGGAAGUGAUAGUGGAAAAUGUGACGAUCAGUUAUGGAUGAAUUUUUAGUACAGUGCACGAUGUUUUGAAUUUAAUAAUGGUUGUCACCCACUAGUUAACAUGACUGAUCAACCACACUCAUGCUAAAUGAUUGGCAAACUAAGGCAGCAUCAGAAGUUUUGCAGCUCUGUAAUGCCAAUUCCGUAGCCACUUGUUCUGCACCACCAAAAUAUAUGAAGGGUCAACCAUCAUUGGGUAAAGUGAUGCUGUAUGCUUUUUGGGAGCACCAUGGCAUGGUGCUAACAGAUUAUGCUCACAAGGUGAUGCUGUCACAGGAGAAUACUACCAAAAUCUCCUGAUAACGUUUGUGAGAGUAUUGGGGAAAUGAAGUAUUGGGGAAAGUUGUCCAAUGCCCUACCUCAUUCUGCAGAGGAAACAGACAUGUUGCUUCUUUGGCCUAUCAAAUUUUGUCUUAACCUCCUACACGCUCAUGAAUGCCACAGAAUCGUUCCUCCCUGUUUCUUUCAGAUGAUGAAUCCAUUGCUAGGUAGGUAUUUCCAGAAUGAUGAGUUGAUGAUGUUUGGGUUAGCACUUUUCCUGGCAGCUAAAAUAUAGAUUUCUACCAACCAAUGUCUCUGAAACGGCAUCUAUACUUGGGAAACAUUUGUCACACUGAAGAGU